AUGUCUUCUACCCAAGCCGAGUCCACUUCUGCAGCGACACCGCGAGAGUCCAGGAAGAAGGGUCGUAUGCCUGGUUCUAAAAACUUCACCGAUCAUGAAAUCUUCACGUACAUCAAGUUCAUCCAUGACCGGCUUCCGACGGGAUUUGGAGAGUGGGAUACGGUGUAUAAGGAGUAUAAUAAAUGGGCAGAGAGCAAUGGGUUUACCAAGCGACCGCAAGAGAGUUUGAAGAAGCAAUGCCGGAUUCCGAGAGUGACAGUGGAUGUACCGAAUAAUAGAAAGUUAACAGUAGCUCUUGCCAGGAACCAGCGUGUGAAUGCUAUCAAAACAAUCGACGAUCCACGAUGCCCAUGGGAUGUCCAGCUGGUUAAAAAAAUCCUCCAAGAGAUUGAAGCAGGCCAUCAGAUAUACAACAUCGAUGAUAGUGACGGAUCUACUCUCGAAGGAAACCCGAACCGCAACAGUAAUAGUAAUAAUACCAAUUCCGAAAGCGCGCCGCCGCCUGCAACGAGUCAGAACCACCAACAUAAUAUACUCCCAAUGGGAGGUGUAGGGACGGCGGCGGGGCCAUUCACACCGUUUUCUCCAUCUGGUUCAUCGCUAGAGCAGGAGGGUUUUAAUAACCCUCAUCCAAGAUCUCCAAUAAAUUCACCGCUCCAAGCAACAGCAGAGCAACAGCAACGUCGCCUUCCUCAACAAAUUGAUGGCGCCCAACCUUCACAUCCUCCAGCUGCCACACCGUUGGUUCAACCAUCCAACGAGUUCCGCCGUCCUUCAAGACCUCAGCAGUCAUCACAGGACCCGGAGAUAGGAAGGUUCUUAGAAUUCUCGCGGCAAGCUGACCACGAGCCAAAGACAACAGUACACCACUUCCUCGAGCGCGAAAGUUACGAGAAGAGUUUACAGAUCAUCCGGCUUGAGGAUAAGCUCGAGCGGAUCCAGUCUAGACAUGCCGAUGAGCUUGCAAGGCUGCAGGAGAAAGUCGAGAGGUUGGAUAGAAGGAAUAGAAAACUAGAACAAGAUAACCAUGUGUUAAAAAUCAAGCAUAUGCUGUUAAGGGGAGAGAGUGGAGACGGUAAAAGGAAACGGAGCAGGAUUUCUCUAGACAUUGAAUCCGAAAAAGAGGAUGGAGAUGAGGAGAGUGAUGAAGGUGCUGCAUAUACGGUGGCUCCAGAGGCUGUACAUGAGCAGUUAUAG